AUGCAGGCUCCUAGCUCUUUCGGGACUUGGCUCCAAGAUGACCAAAAAAAAAGGAGAAACAACGCUCGUGCCAAAAAGGGCCACGGCCAUGUGCAGCCAAUUCGCGGCACUAACUGCGCCCGCUGUGUGCCCAAGGACAAGGCCAUUAAGAAGUUUGUCAUUUGGAACAUCGUAGAGGCGACUGCCGUCAGGGACCCAUCCGAAGCGAGUGUCUUCGACGCCUAUGUGCUCUCCAAACUCUAUGUCAAGCUGCAUUACUGUGUGAGCUGUGCUAUACAUAGCAAGGUAGUCAGGAAUCGAUCCCAGGAAGCUUGGAAGGACCGAACACCCCCACCACGAUUUAGACCUGCUGGUGCUGCACCACGACCUCCACCAAAGCCCAUGUAAAGUGGCUUCAUAAAGAUAGAAGAAAACACCUUGGAAAAAUAAAA